AAUUCGUAGUGAGUUUGAUGGCAAAGUAAAUGGGGCUCUCUCUAAUGACUUUGACCCCCGCUUUCUCGACAGGACAAUGUGAGGACUGAGUCAUGACAUAAACCGUAUGUUAGAUGGGAUAUUGUCCUUGGUAUGAUUGUCAUGAAAUGGAUGGAAGAUGGAUAUGAGGGCACUAUCAGGACCCUCUUGCAUAAUCCUCUAGAUAGUUACUCUGUUACCUGGACCCUUAAUUUCGCAUUGCCGUAUCUGUCUUGACAUGACAUGACAUAAAGAGUUUGGCUAGCAGACACUUGAAAAUGGUGGGAAAUCUUUUGAGGACUAAUGAAUACAACACUUGCACAAGUACAUGUGUGCAACCUGCAUAGUCAACAAAAAGCACUGGAAGCAGCAAUGAAUGAUAUAAAUAGCUCAUUUGGAAAAGGAAGUGUUACAAGAUUAGGCAGUGCUGGUGGUGCUUUGGUUGAAACCUUUCCCAGUGGCUGUUUGACAUUAGACUUUGCCUUAGGUGGUGGCCUUCCCAGAGGGAGAAUUGUAGAGAUAUUUGGGCCAGAAAGUAGUGGAAAAACCACCUUGGCACUCCAUGCAAUCGCAGAAGUGCAGAGGCUGGGAGGGAAUGCAAUGCUUGUUGAUGCAGAGCAUGCUUUUGAUCCAGCAUAUUCUAAAGCAUUGGGAGUGGAUGUAGAAAAUUUGAUUGUUUGCCAACCCGAUCAUGGGGAGAUGGCACUUGAGAUCGCAGAUCGAAUGUGCAGAUCUGGUGCCAUAGAUCUUAUCUGUGUUGAUUCUGUCUCAGCUCUCACUCCACGGGCCGAGAUUGAAGGUGAGAUUGGGAUGCAGCAAAUGGGUUUGCAAGCACGCCUUAUGAGCCAGGCUUUGCGUAAAAUGUCAGGAAAUGCCUCGAAAGCUGGUUGUACUCUCAUUUUUUUGAAUCAAAUAAGAUAUAAGAUUGGUGUGUAUUAUGGAAAUCCAGAAGUGACGAGUGGAGGAAUUGCAUUAAAGUUCUUUGCCUCUGUUCGGCUUGAGAUACGAUCUACUGGGAAGAUAAAGUCUGUUAAAGGAGAUGAAGAAAUUGGGCUUCGGGUACGUGUAAGAGUGCAAAAGAGCAAGGUGUCAAGGCCAUACAAGCAGGCUGAGUUUGAAAUUAUCUUUGGAGAGGGAGUGAGCAAUUUGGGUUGCAUUUUGGACUGUGCUGAGAUGAUGGAUGUUGUGGUAAAGAAGGGCUCUUGGUAUAGCUAUGAGGACCACAGGUUGGGGCAGGGAAGAGACCGAGCAUUACAGUACUUGAAAGACAACCCCAAUCUUCAAGAUGAAAUAGAAAAGAUUGUUCGGUCCAAGAUGGCAGAUACAGGACAAGUAAGCUCUCCACUUGUGAAGAACUUGCCAUUGCCACAUCAAGAGGAAGACAUUUAUGAGGAUAUACAAUGAGAAUGGGCAACUACUACUAAUGACUGAUGCUCUCUAUACUGAAUGACGGAAGAGGUAGCGACGGAGGUUAAAGGCUGAAACGAAUGUCUUUUCCCUAUGUGCAUCAACUGUAAGCCAGUUAGGUUUGAUCAGUUGAUAUUUUUCCCCAUCUAUCCACUUCCAAAAUGAAAAAGAACACUGAUUUUGGAGGAAAUUGAAAUUGGAAUCUCUAAUUGUUGUA